AUGAACCUUCAAUACUAAUAACAAUAGGAACUCAAAGUAAUAAAAUUAUCUCUAAACACAAGUUUUGAGGAAAUACCUUAUUAUAAUGAAAGACUUCAAAAUUAAUAAUCUGAGUAUUCUCCUUCAUACUUUUUACGAUGGAAUAGUAAUGAAUAAUUUAUCGAGAUAUCUAUGGGAAUGGAGGAAGAAUUAAAGUAAGACAUAUAUUAAGAUGAGACUAGUCACACAAAAGCAAAUUUUUUCGCAAAAAAUUCUAUUGUUGAAAAUCCUCAAAAUAAUGACUUCUAAAAUAAAGAUAGCACAUUUACUGAUGUCUUGCAAAACUAAUUUUCCUUUCAAGAUGCUUUUAACUUAGAGAGCAAAGAUAAAAACAUAGAGAGUCAAAACGAACUCAUAAAAUAAUAAGAAUAAACCUAAAACAAUACUUCUGGUUCUAGCGAUUAAAUUUUAUCCCCUUUUGAAAGCUUUCAAUUUUCCACUGAAAUUCGAUAAGAAAUUAAAAGUAACCAAAACAUUGAACCAAUCAUUAAAAAUUGCAUUAAUAUGAUUACUGCAAAAGUUAAAAAUUCUGAGAAAGGACCGUUACUUCAAUAUAUAUUAGAGAAUAGUGAUAUUCAGAAAUAAAAGCCCUUCUCAUUAGACAAGGAGAAAAAGUCAUAAUUAGAGUUAUUGAAAAAGGAUGUGUAAGGAAAACUUGAUGAGAGAAGACUUGAUGUCCUAUUAAAAUCUACUUUGAGAAAGAUCAGGUUAUACUAUCUUAAGAGAUUCCAAAAGAGUACUAAUUACAUGAAACUCAAAAAGAAAUAAGAUAUUAACUUUUUAGACCAAUGUAUCGAGCAAUUUAUAGAUUCUCUUUAAUUCUCUAUUGUUGAUAAUCUAGAAUAGUCAUUGAAGGAUGAUUUAAAAAAUCAUUUUUUCAAUAUCUAUGAAAAUAAUUCAGACCCAAAACUAAUGAGUAUUAUGAGGAAAGAUGAUAUGCUUAAAUAUGGUGUAUGGCACCUCAAGAGAGUCAGGAAUCUUGUCAUUAAUCAAAGUGUCCAUUAAAUUCACAUACCAUGA